AUGUCUGUUAUUGUCUCUGGGAUGAGCCCCUCUGUCAACAAUGAAUCAAGUACUAGACCUUACAUAGGCUUCAUCAAGCCAGAUCAGGCAAUGUGGUACCGUGCCUGCAAAAUCCGUAACAAGAAAGUGACUGAAGCAAUGGACACUGUCUGGUUUUCUGCAUUCAACGCUGAAGCAGAGAAGAUGAUUGGAUGCACAGCUGAUGAACUCAACAUGCUAAAGUCAAAGGAAGGUGAAGUGAAUGAGUUUCAGACAAAAAUGAAAGAAGCUAGGUGGUCGUCUCAUCUCUUCUGUGUUAGUGUUUCUUAA